AUGGGAACUGCACCAAAACCACCUAAGAUAGAGAUACCAGUGCUAGCAAAAGAAACAUCCUCAACAUGGGGAACUGCACCAAAACCACCUAAGAUAGAGAUACCAGUGCUAGCAAAAGAAACAUCCUCAACAUGGGGAACUGCACCAAAACCACCUAAGCUAGAGACACCAGUGCUAGCAAAAGAAACAUCCUCAACAUGGGGAACUGCACCAAAACCACCUAAGAUAGAGAUACCAGUGCUAGCAAAGAAACAUCCUCAACAUGGGGAACUGCACCAAAACCACCUACGAUUAGAGAUACCAGUACUAGCAAAAGAAACAUCCUCAACAUGGGGAACUGCACCAAAACCACCUACGAUUAGAGAUACCAAGAUACCAGUACUAGCAAAAGAAACAUCCUCAACAUGGGGAACUGCACCAAAACCACCUAAGCUAGAGACACCAGUGCUAGCAAAAGAAACAUCCUCAACAUGGGGAACUGCACCAAAACCACCUAAGCUAGAGAUACCAGUGCUAGCAAAAGAAACAUCCUCAACAUGGGGAACUGCACCAAAACCACCUAAGCUAGAGAUACCAGUGCUAGCAAAAGAAACAUCCUCAACAUGGGGAACUGCACCAAAAUCACCUAAGAUAGAGAUAACAGUGCUAGCAAAAGAAACAUCCUCAACAUGGGGAACUGCACCAAAACCACCUAAGAUAGAGAUACCAGUGCUAGCAAAAGAAACAUCCUCAACAUGGGGAAUUGCACCAAAACCACCUAAGCUAGAGAUACCAGUGCUAGCAAAAGAAACAUCCUCAACAUGGGGAAUUGCACCAAAACCACCUAAGCUAGAGAUACCAGUGCUAGCAAAAGAAACAUCCUCAACAUGGGGAACUGCACCAAAACCACCUACGAUUAGAGAUACCAGUGCUAGCAAAAGAAACAUCCUCAACAUGGGGAACUGCACCAAAACCACCUAA